CGGGCUUGGGAGCAUCCCGCUCUGGCAGCUGCUGAGGAUGUGGCACAUGUCCUACACUCCUGCUCUCAUCCAAAACAGAGAAUUGAUGGGAAAGUUGAGACCCAGCUCGGAGCACAUCCAGCAUGGCCUGGGCAUGGGAAUAGUGGGGAAAAGCCAACAGGAGCCUUCUCCAACUGUCCAGCAGUUUCUGGUUUCUCUGCCCAGAGUGCCAAGAUCAGAUCAGGCCAAGUUUAUCCAUGCUGGACUUGGAAAGGCCCUCAUUAGAAGAGGUGUUCUGUCAUCCUUGGAUGCAGGAUAUUCAUCUGCCCUAGAAGAAAGGAGAGAGCCACAGGCACACUUUGAUGCAUGGCCCAGGGAAGGAGAAGGAGCCCAUGGAGAAGCUGUACCAGGUGGGGCUGCUGCUGCUGGAGACAGCGAGGACCACAUCAAGGAUGGCAACCUCUCCCUGGACCUGUCCACUGGCAAGCUGAAGAUGAUGGACUUCAAUUCUGGCACUUUCUUCAAAGCCAGGCUCCACAGCAAAUUUACAGAUGAAUCCACAUGCAGGGGGAUGCUCCCAGAUUUGGGCAUUGCCCAGCCUGGCCGGGAACAAAAGGUUCCCCCUUGGCUGGGGUGGAUGCAGCUGAUCCUUCAGUCGGCUGCCCAGCUGCUUUUGGCAGGGCUGGGGGCAUGGGCUGGGGUGGGUACAAAAUGGGAGUGGGCUCCUGGCCCUGCCAACAGCCCCCAGCACCCACCGUGCCCCGGACUGUGUCUGGGGCAGCCAGCCUGACACAAACAAACCCCCAUGGUGGGAGCAGAGGUGGGAUUCCAGAACCUGUGCAGGGGCUGCUUUGCUGUGCAGGCAAGGAAGGGCUUGGGCUGCUCCACUGCCCUUGUUUGCUUUGGGAUCACCCUUAUUGUGGGGGGCAGUGCAGGGGGAAGGGAGAAAACCUGGGCUUCCCUCACCCGUGGGUAGAAUUUUCCCUGGCAUGCAGGGUGACACGAUCCAUCCUAAGGACGUGAUUCUUGAAGGUUCUUUUUCACUGAUCUCAGGGUGC